AUGGUCUACUGCGGCAGGCCUUCCACAAGCUGCAACAAUUGCAGAGCCAAAAAGAGACGAUGCGAUAAAGCUCAUCCAGAAUGCGGCCAAUGUCGUCGCAUGGGCCAAAAGUGCCCAGGCUACCGCGACCCCUCCAGCCUCAUCUUUCGCGACGAAAGCAGCCAAGUCAUUGACAAGGCUCGCUCAAGACUCAACAAGCGCUCCGCUUCCGCUUCGCAACAAUCAUCACAACCUGCGUCUGCCCAGCGCUCGCCGCCCACUUCUCACCCUUCCAGAGCACCUCGCUCGCAGCCUUCGCCGCAUCACUUUCCUCCGCAAAGAAUGUCGCCGGUCGAGGACAUGCUCGGUGAUAUGGGUGAGGCCAUGUUUGCCAGCAAUUCAUUCAACUUUGACUUGCUCGGCUUCAACACUCCCUUCAACACCGAUGGUGGCCUCUUUACCCUCUCUACAGACAGCUCCGAUGCCAUGAUGACGGGCACAGAUCCCGCAUCCGCCAGCGCCAUCCAUUCUGGAGCUGUUUCGGCCGUCGAUGUGCCCCGCGAUUAUCCUUCCCACCGCUCCCCAACUGGAAUGGAGCUUGCCUCCACGGCUGCCUCCCCCAAUGGCUCCAGCCAUGAGGGCAGCAUCCAACGGCCGCUGUCUUUGCCUCUGGAUAUGAUUGGCCUCGAUUUCUUUCUCACACAUUACGUCGUUCACCAGUCCGGCCCGUCCACGGGGUUUCUCGAUUAUGUAGUCACAAUCUUGGCUCGCGAAGAGGGUCAUGAGCUGCUCGAAGGUGCUGUCCUUGCUGUCGGCUUUAGUGGUCUGGCCCGUACCACCAAGCAAACCGACCUCAUGUGCCGCUCCAUCAUGAUGUACACGCACACCAUGGAACGUGUGAACCGCGCCCUGGCUGAUCCCGUAGCUGCGCGUCGCGACAGCACAAUCGUCACUGUGCUUGUUUUGGCGCUGUACGAGUUUAGCAAAGCUUCCCUCGAUGGCUGGAAACAGCACAUUGACGGUGCCGUCUCCUUGCUAAACGUCCGUGGCAAGUCGCAGUUUGCCACUACCACUGGUCUGCAAAUCUUCAAGGAUGUUUUUACACAACUCCUGACAAACUGCCUGCGCAUCGGCGUUCCCAUGCCAUCCAGCCUGCGCAUGCUGCGCACCGAGGCGUCCAAGGCAUUUUCUGUCUCGGACCCGUACUGGAUUGGCGCCAGCGCCAUGGUCGAGCUCCUCGACCUUUACCACCAAAUCUCACCGGGUGGCUACACGUACAUCAACCACAACCCCAAUACUCCCGUUCCCAACAACUCAUCCUCCAUGCCCGCUCUUUCUUCCAACUCAUCCAAAAACGCUGCACCAAAUUUGACCAUUGAAGAACUCGAGCGGUUCCUGUCUCAAGCUCUUGACAUCGACUACCGCCUAGAGAGCAGUUUUGCCGAAUGCCCUCCGGAAUGGUGCUACGCCGUCAUGCCAAAUCCCCCGGCCCCCACCCUCGACACUACACGUUUCCAUGGCGAAGUGCACCACCUUUACCACGACGUAUACAUUGCCAAUGUUUGGAACAGGAUGCGCACCUGCCGCAUUCUGGCCAAUCAUGCCAUUGGCUAUCUGCUGCUACGCGGUGCCAACAUUGACCCCAACUGGUUCUUCUCGAACAACUACGUCGACCGCCUCCAAGGCGUCUCCAAGACCAUGGCUCACAUCCGCGCCGACUUGCUCGCUGCCGUGCCCCAGCUCAUGGGCUACGUGACCUCGCCGGCCCAGCAGCAGGUCCAGCACGAACAGCAAAUGUAUCGUCCCAGGGGCAUGACCCCUGUGGCAACGUCGGACUCGGGCAUCGACGUGGGGGAUGCCACUUCCCCACCAUACUCGCCCACGUCCGUCUUUGGGUCCUCUGAGCCCGUCAGCGGCUACACGGGUUCGGCCGCCGGCUGCUACUUCGCCACAUGGGUGUUACUGACUGUGGGCUGCAUGCACAGCCUGACGGACGAGACUCGUGCUUGGACAGUGACGCAGCUGAGGCGUAUCAGCACGCAGGCCGGCUUUACGCAGGCGGAUGACUUUGCUAAAUUUGUCGAGCAUCAUAACCUCCGUCCACCUCUAAAGUAG